AUGGGGGUUUCUCAGUCGAAUGACAUAGGGCCUAACAUCGGUUUCGUCACACCGGAUAUCCUGACGAGUUUGUUUCGAAUUUGCAUCAGCCAUCCCUCCUCAUGGCUAUGGCUGUUACUGGUGUUUCAUUUCAUACUGCAAUCCGCGACGCUGCCUGUAACUACACCCCCAAGAACUGAAGCUGACUUAAUAUGUCAAUCCAAAGUGGGUGAGAACUUCGUAUAUGAGGAGGUACAGGGGGCGUGUAUCCCAUGCCGCACCUGCGAGUGUGGUUACAUUGCAACGAAUCCGCACUGUGUGAAGUGCGUAGACUAUGGCAUUCUACACUGCCAAACUACUACUGCUCAGGUGACUGCUCAGAUCACUGCUCCAGUCACUGGUACUCCGCUGCAGGAAUCCACCCCAUCCCUGCAGACGUCCAUGCAGACCACAGAAGAGACACCAUUGAUGGCCUUUAUGACAACUAUGCAGCAAAACGAUACUGCCGAGACCAAUGCGAACAACGUGGAAAAGGCAACCUGGAGUACUGUAGUAGGCUUCCCAUUGAUAGCUGUAAUGGUAACAGUCGUCGGUGUUCCUAGUCUUGUGUUUGGGGUUUUCAUGUGGAAAAGGAGGCCUAGUACUAGUGGUGCAGCCCGCCAGCAGGUGCCUACACAGGAGACCGGCAAACGGGAACCUCACCCUAGCACCGACCUGACGGGUGUUAUACCUCCUAAUCAUGAGUUUUCUGAGAACGAGUCCUGUGUUUAGGACAGGCAAAUCCCUGAGGCUUCCGAUUCCAUAUCUCGUAGACAGAGUCGCCGUUUGUCUUUUGUGUAAAAACAAACCCUGAUCAUGAUAUUCACGGAACUAAAACUAUAACAGGGGCGGAUCCAGGAAUUUUGAAUUUGUUCAGGCCUGUCAUAUUUUAUUUCACGUCUCAGUGGCGUAACAAAAUCAUUUUUAGUUUGGGGUGGGGUUGGGGUGGGGUAGAUUAAACUUUCGUUAAAAGCGCACUCGGAAAUCAGUGCUGAAUUGUAGCCAGAUUAUUUUCCCCGGACACCUGGCCUCCAUACAAUCAAAAAGUACAUAAUACGUGUGUCUGUGUGUGCUAUGUUUAGGUUAGGUUGACUCUUGUCAGCACAAUGACUUGAGAAAUACUUUACUUAGGGAAGUUGAAAUUUGGUUUGUAGGUUGUUCUUGAUAGUCUUAAGGAGCCUGUUGCUUUUGGGGCCGACAGGUCAAAGGUCAAGGUCAUUCUAUACUUAAACAACAGAAUAUGUUGUCAGCACGAAUGCUUGAGAAAUACUUUAUUUAGGAACUUCAAAUUUGGUUUGUGGGUUGCUCUUAUCCAAUCUUAUCAAGCCUAUUGAUUUUGGGUCGAAGGUCAAGGUCACUUUUGCUAAAACAAUAGAAAUGUUCCAUUUUGGUUAGGGACACUGACUUUAUAAAAACUGCCAUCAUGCCAGGGAGAUUGCGCAGGUCUCACUUGCAUUUUAAUUCUUAAAAGUUUGUUUUUGCUUGCUCGUCCUGGUGUAUUAAAGCAUAGACCUAGAAUGCAUGCACAAUAGAUAAAUUGCAUAAUGUUCAUGUUGUUAAUAAUGAGUGUAAUAGGCGCUAAUAACACCUAGCCACUAUCGCAUCAUUGUUCUUUGUUCUAUAAGGCACAAUGAAGCGAUGAUAUAUGCCUACCUAUAAGUACAAAGGAAUAAUACUUGACAUUUUUGAAUGAACUGAAUGCUGAUAGGACAAUCUUUUUCUGCCAUGAUGGUGUACUGCCAGCCUAGCUGCUUAAAUGAAUAGGGUGUGAUUACCUUUCAUUUAGAAACAAACAAACAAAGAACCCAACAAACGAACAAACCAUACCCAAGAAAAUGACUGUUGAAAGUGACAGCAUCGAACACUAGUCUGUGUACUUUAUACCCUUUUAGACUGGUGUUCCGAGUCACAUGAAACUGAACUAUUUUGAAGGUUUCCAACACAUGAGUUACUUCAUGUGCAAGUCUUUGAAAGAUUGAGUGUUGGAUUGACUCCUCAGUCUAGUCUUGGUAAAUGUGACAUAAAAUUUGCCCGUCAGAAAAUAAAAAUCUAUUUUGGUUGACUACAGUUGUCAUGGGCAUCGCGAGGGGAGGUGGCAGGGGUGUGGGAAAAUGUCCCCCUGCUCACCCUCGAAAACUAUGGUAAAUUGAGAAUAUUCUGGAAAUGUACAGGGAUCUUAAGGGGAAAAAAUGUGCUUUGCCCCCAUCCCUAGAAAAAAUCCUGGCGAUGCACAUGACAGUUGCUUCUAAUAAUUUCUGAGUUGGUGUGAUUCUGGAAAGCCAGUUUAUAUAUUUGAAGUCAACACUCUCAUUGUCACAACCUAUAUUCCGUCAUGAAAGUCACCCAGCUGCAUCGGAGUUUUCUAUAUUUUGAAACAAUGCUCAGUGCUCUGAUGCUCAAUAUCUUACAUGAUAAUCCAUGAAGUUGACUUUACUUCAAUGCAGCCAGCAGGAAGCACGAGCAGAAAAAAGAUUGUCUUAAAUGCAACCAAUAUUGCUUAAUCCCAUCUCUGGGCCCAUAUAAGUAUAUGCCAGUUCAAUAUUUUCCUUAAUUUUGAUUUUAGAAUUUAUCUCUUUUUUUGGGAAUUAUUUUAUGAUCCACCCAAUAUAUGAGUGACAGGUCACCGAAGCUGCAAAUUUUUGCACAAUGGAAAUCAAGAGGAACUACUAACAUUACUCAAAUGUUAAAUUGAGUGAUAUUUGAAUAUGCCCUAUUUCUCUAAAUUGAAAAAUAACCAGAAGGUGGAAAAAGUUCCUUUAAACUCCGUUUUUUGAAGAUCCAGUCAAAAUAUUAGGACUUUGCCCCUUUUCCAGUAGGUCCUGCGAUGGGAUUAAGUGGUAUAAAUGAGGCAGGCUUUGUUCACUUAAUUACAAAUUGAAGGGAAUGUCUUGCUGGUUUAAGAACAGAUGUGAUGUCUUGGACGUAGAUGGGCAACAGUUACAGGGGCCUUAUUGAGUGGUAGUGUCUGUUUCUUGCAAGCCAUUCUCCUUCCUUCCAUGUUGUAAUUUUGUUUGACAUCCUGCAAAAUGUUAAUAGAUUUCCUUGAAGACAGCAGUCUUCAAUGAGGAACCUUAUUAUAUUUCUGAUGCCAGACUCCCCGUGAAUUUAUCUCACAGGGAAAUACUUGCUUUUGGAUAGGCUUGGGUAAUUCCAACCCCCACCCCACCCCCCCCCCCCCCC